AUGGCCCAGGAAAACCCGCGGUUCCAGACAUAUUGUCCCUACUGCCAAAUAUCGUCAAAGGCUUCAGCGCUACCCUCACAUGGCCUUCGAGAGCCUCCAGCAUAUGCGCCACCCAAAACGCCUAAAGGAUCUUUCGAGAAUGAGCAGCCCCCAGCUUACUCUAUAUCGGAACAACGAACGCCACCAACAGAGAAAGGUCGAGAGCAAUGCGAGGAUACUUUGCACUUCCUCGAUCUGUCCCAAGACACCAUACCUUCCCUCGCGCUCCGCUACAAAGUCCCUCAAAUUGCUUUGCGCCGGAAGAAUAACCUCUUUGCGGAUCACUUGCUUGCAGCAAGAAAGACGAUCCUAGUACCGGGCGAAUUCUACAAGGGCGGGGUGAGUCUGAGUCCGAAACCGCUAGAGGAUGAAGAAGAAGAGCUUCGAAAGUCAAAGAUUAGGAGGUGGAUGGUGACGACUAAGAACCCUGACUAUGAUAUGGCGUUAUUGUAUCUUCAACAAGCAGAAUACAAGCUUGAUGCUGCCGUCGAAUCUUAUGUUGCGGAUGAGAGAUGGGAGCGCGAGCACCCGCUUGAGAGCUCUUCCAGAGGAAAAUCUGCACGGCGGCGACAGUUUGGUAUCGGAAUCAGCUUGACAGCUGAAGCCUGCGAUACCGCCUGCGAAGCCCUCAAUGCCCUUUCAAACAAACGAUCAGGCGCCCAAGCCAUCUCCGCCCCAGCCGAUAGCAGCAAGAUCUCGGGCGUUGAGGCCUUACUGAGAAAAGUUGCAGAAACAACAACUCAUGUUGAUAUCUUGUUAGCGAACGCGGGAGCAACAUGGGGCGAGAAAUUUGAUACGCAUCCUGACUCGGCGUUUGCGAAGGUAAUGGAUCUGAAUGUCAAGAGUGUUUUCAAUACGAUACGAUUGUUCGCACCGCUGCUGCAGAAGAUUGCUACGGCCGAGAGCCCGUCACGAGUCAUUGUCACUGCAUCCACCGCCGGCAUCCAGGUUGGGUCCUUGGGCGAUAGUGCCACCUUUGGCUACUCUGCAUCCAAGGGUAUACCAUCCCAACAUCUCUUCAGGUUCACCUCCGCUGCUCUACCUUACCUACUGACAACGCUAUAG